CAAACUGAAUUGUUUUGCGCGUAAAUAAUGUUUGACAGCUAUCGGAAUAUAACGUUCCGUCAAUAUUGUUUGAUCCUUAGCUCCAACACAAAUCAUCCAAAAAGAGUUUAUUUUUAUCGCUGAGAUAUAGAAGAGAAAAAAAUGUUAACAACAAUAUUACGCCGAAUUCCACAAGUUGCUUCAAUUCAACGGUUAGAGAAUUUAUAAAUUUGAACAUUGCAAUUGGAGUGAGAGAGUUGCUGUUUCUGUUGCUGGCUAUUCCCGAAAAAACUACAAUCGAUCAGUUGAUAAUAACAAAAAUUGUAAAUACACAAAACCAAACAGUGUCGACAAUUAUAUGACGAAUUCUGUGAAUAGUUCGUUGUCAAGUGGGAGAAACGAUGGACCGAUUUUGUAUCAUGAUGAAGCGUUGUCAGCCGCUCAGCAUGACAUGGUUUUAACAGACAUAAAUCAUAAAAAACUCGCUGAUAUUGGCAAUCAUCACGGAAUGCCAAAUUUGAGCGAAGGGGGGUUUAGUGCGUCACCGUUUCCGGUUGAUGGUAUAAUUUACGGUAAAAAUAAUCGGUUGAUGAUCUGCCUAAACUGUCAGCAUGCCGAAAAGCCGACUGCACCGAUUGUCAACGUCUGGUUUCUCGUUGACACUGGUUCCAAUUGCACUUUUCUCUGCGAAGAUACAGUAUAUGAGAUGUAUGGGCCCAAAUGUAAUGCUAUCAGUUAUUUUGUUGCAAUACAGGAUUCGAAGUCUAAAAUCUUAUGCGACAUUUCGCACAGUCACUUCGCAGACGUGAACGUUUUGGGUAUGGAAGCUAUGCUUAAACUGAAAGUAUCGAUCGAAAGUAUGAACGCCGAACGAGAAUACUUCCGACUCGCCAGAAUUUCUACAACCAAAUGAGGAUUGCUAUGGAGAAAAGUCUGCAUGUCUUUCUCUUAUUAUUCGAAAAUAUAAACGGCAAAUUUGUCUGUUUUGUUUUUCUUUUUCGUAUUGUAACACAUUCGAUUAAAACAUUAUUGCUUCAAAAAUGAGAAAUGAAUGAUAUAGCGUUUGAAAUGAAGUACAUACACUUUAAAAUUGCACUUUUUUCAUUUGAAUUGAUUUCUGAAUUUUUAUUUGCAAGAAUGUAUCUCUAGUACAAAGAAUGUGCGCAUCGCAUUUUAACUGACUCAUUUUCCAGCACUUAAACUAUUAUUAUUAAGCAUGGACACGAACGGCAGUAAUCUUAUUCAGAAAAAAAGAAACAGAAAUCACCAACCAUAAUAACAAUAGAGAAAUAACAACCACAAAGUAAUAGGCAAAGCAAUUGUAUCAAUAGAAUAAGAAACGAAUCAAUUUAUAUUGUGUAAAUUUCGUCGUGAUCGUCGUCGAAUUUUGUAUUAGUCGGUGUAUCUAAUUCACAAACUGCUGAUUCAAACGACCCGGAUGGCUCAACUUCCUCAGCAGCAGCAGCAUGCGACGGCAUUCCGAAACAAUUUUCUCUCACUGAAAAAGCAAAACAACACUGCAAGAAAAAAUAUGCACAAAUUUUUCUUAUUUCAUACUCACAAAUUGCACUGAAGAAAAAGUGAAGCUAGCUGAAUAAAAUACUUUCAACGAAUGAUCGAACGAAAUCACGAUUGCUUCGUUUGAAAGGUGAACAUUUUUUGAUUGAAAUUCCAUAGCCAUAGAUUUAUAUUUCACAUGACUACUGUGGAGAAAUGAUUAACAACUGUUUCGUUUGAAUGUUAAACAUUAACUGGUUUUUAAUUUUCUUUCUUACUAUCUACGCAGUUUUCGUAUAAGUUUGUGAGUUGAUGAAUUUAUUGGACUUUACUUGAUUUUGCUAAUAUUGCAAUUAACUGAAAAAUAUGUUUGCUGAUACCUUGCAUUAAAUGUUAUUGAACUUUCUA